UAAUCUCGCGCGAGGUUAGGAAAUAGAAGACUUCAUGAGAAGUGGACACGUGAAUUUUUACAGCAGGCUUGUAGAGGUCUCCAGGAUGCCUGGUGAACGGAAGCCCCGCUUUGUGAUCCUGUACGGGUCUCAGAAGGGCCAGGCCCAGUCCAUAGCCGAGGGGCUUGCUGAAGAGGCCGAGCAGAACGGGCUAGUUGCUGAUCUCAGCUGCUUGAGCCAGAGUGACAAGUAUGAUCUAGAGAAGGAGAGAGCGCCUGUUGUCUUCAUCGUGUCCACCACUGGAGAUGGGGAACCCCCAGACAAUACGCUCAAGUUUGUUCGGAGCAUCAAGAAGAAGACCCUUUCAUCUGAUCACUUUAAGCACCUUUGCUAUGCGCUUUUGGCUUUGGGCGAUACAAAUUAUGCAGAUUUCUGCAACUGUGGGAAGACAAUUGAGCGUCGUCUGCAGGAACUUGGAGCCAAACAGUUCUAUCCCACUGGGUAUGCAGAUGAUGGCACAGGGUUGGAGGUGGUUGUAGACCCCUGGCUUGAGGGACUGUGGAAUGCCAUCAGGGAGGCCUUAUCAAAACUAUCCUCUGACAGGACUACUCACUUGAAAGAGAAUGCAGAAGAUUCAGUCCAAGAAACUUCUCCUUCAUCCAUACUGGAUGUCCACCUAAACCUCCUAAGCAUUGCUGACCAGCAGAACUGUGAGCCAGUCAAAGCAUCUCCAAACGUGGACUCUAAAUAUGCGUCUUCUGCUCCUCCUCUUUCUGAUCUCAGUCCAGCCUCCUCUACAAAGAGCACAGGGUUAGCGUCACAAUCUCUUGGUACUGACGGUGUCUCCUCAUCAGUAGCAAAGGCAGAAACCAACGACGGAGCCUCUUUGAUGGCCUCCCUUCCACCACUGUCUGAAUCUUUACUUAAUGUUCCUUCGCUGCCAUCGCCUUAUUUAGAUGUUACAUUUCAGGAGGUGGACACAGAGGAAGAGAGUGUUGGACCGUUGAAUAAAGAGACUCUGCAUCAGGUGUCCAUAUCCAGGAGUGUUCAGCUGAGCGGAGGAGAUUCAGUCAAGACUGCCCUGCUGCUAGAGCUGGACAUCUCAGCACACCCUGCUUUGAGCUAUCAGCCAGGGGAUUCCUUCAACGUGUUCUGCCCAAACAGAGCUGCAGAGGUGGACGGAAUGCUCCGCAGACUGGGCCUUCAGGACAAAAGGAACCAUCGUGUUCAUGUUACUCUGAAAAAGGACACUAACAAAAAAGGCAAAGCAGCUGUUAAAUUUAUGCUUGAUGCAUCUUUGAAAACACAAAUCUUAACAAGAUUUUCUUCCCUCUAUGUUGAAGGUGCCCAAGUCCCCUCCCACAUCCCCAAGAAUGUAUCUCUGCUGUUCCUGCUCACAUGGUGUCUGGAGAUAAGAAGUGUUCCCAAGAAGGCAUUGUUGCGGGCGCUGGUGGAGUUCACUGCAGACGCUGCUCAGAGGAGGAGACUGCAGGAGCUGUGCAGCAAACAGGGCGCCGCAGACUACAAUCUGUACCUGCGGGAGACGGGCCUCAGCGUCCUGGAGCUCCUCACCGCUUUCCCCUCCUGCUCACCUCCUCUCAGCCUCCUUAUAGAGCAUUUGCCGAGACUGCAGCCCAGACCUUACUCAGCAGCAAGCUCCCGUCUGAGGCAUUCGGGAAAGCUGCAUUUUGUCUUCAACCUGCUUGAGCUCCCAGCGUGCUCCGGGAGGCCCGCGGGGAGCCGAGGCUUGUGCACGGGCUGGCUGUUUGACCUCAUCAAUCCUGGCCCAGUGUUCCCUGUGAAGGCUGAAUCUACCAGCAGCCCGGCUCUGCCAAAGAUUUACAUGAGUUUGAGACCAAACUGCUCCUUUCGGCCUCCCUCUGACCUGUCGGCGCCCUUCAUCAUGGUUGGACCUGGCACUGGAGUUGCUCCUUUCAUUGGCUUCCUCCAGCAAAGACUGGAGGAGAGGAAGAACAACCCCGAAUCCUCGUUUGGCGAGACCUGGCUGUUCUACGGUUGUCGCCACAGAGACAGAGACUACCUGUUCCGGGAGGAACUUGAGAGCUUUGUGUCCAGCGGCACUCUAAGCCACCUCAAGGUGUGUUUCUCCAGAGACGGGGGGAAGGAAGAGGAGGCAGCCACCUCAGCGCCACGACCCAGAUACGUCCAACACAAUCUGCUGCUCCACCGCCAACAAGUCACCGACCUUCUGCUCAGACAGAACGGCCACUUCUAUGUGUGCGGGGAUGCGAAGAACAUGGCUAAAGAUGUAAAUGAGACCCUGAUAGAGAUGAUUAAAGCGGACCUGCAGGUGGACAAACUGGAGGCCAUGAAGAGACUGGCUGCUCUUCGAGAGGAGAAACGCUACUUACAGGACAUCUGGGCCUGACAGAGCAUGAGAUAAGGGCAUUUUACAGCUGGUCUCACAUAAGAUUUAAAAAAAAAAAAAAAAAGAUAUCAGCUUACUCAGCCUUGACCUGUGGAACCAUAAAAUUAUAGAUGCUCAGGCCCAAAGGGUAGUCUAUACCACCCAGUGUGGCUGAAAUGGAGUGACCCAUGCUGCCCCACGGAUAUCUGUCCACUACACCCUCUUUGCCUUUGCUGUUUGGACAGAAAUGACCUCGGUCAGGGCGGCUGUGCUGGAGAUUGGCCCAGCAGUGCGAAAAGGCUUUUAGUGUUUAGGGGACCUCUUGAUUUUGUCCUUUUUGAGGAAAAGGCUUUUAUUUCUGCCAACCAUGAUGGAGUGACUGAGAGCAUGAUGAGCACAUCGAUUUGUCCUUCUUAAACGACACACUCACUGGAAUAUGCUUAUUCUUAUUCAGGGAAAAAAUACUUUGUUUUUCAUUGAGUGAUGUUAGUCUUCGAGAUGUGCCAUGUCACCACUGCCUGCUAAAUAGCUUCUAAAUUAGGGAAAUAAAAUUUUAAUUCAAUCAAUUUCUUUAAGAAUUGUUUGGAUUUUUUUAUAUUUCUUUUUAAAACAUUUUAUAGAAGUACCAGGUUUUUUAAUUAUUUGCGAUGAAUGUCUAAUUGAAUAGUUCAACGUGAUCAAUUUGAACAAAUCCUAUCAUCUGCAGAACGUGGUCACCACUUCUGUGUGGAUGAACGCCAUUCUUAGUCUUUUUUUUGUUGUUUUUGUACAUAUUUUAAUGGAAAUUAUAAUUUAGCAAUCUCAAUCAUUUCUAAAAAUGAACCUCUUUAUCUUAUUUCAACAUGUUUUUAUUCAUGAAACCUUUUGCUAUCAUAGCCAUAAUGAAGGCUGGUUUUAGGGGGCAGGCCUUAAGUUUAUUUAGAGCUUUGUGGGUUCAUUUUGGCCCAACUCGAAGAGCUUUCUGUUUAAUCUUUAAGAAAUUUCACCCGAUGUUUCAAACUGAACAACGGCAGCGAAAAUCUGCAUUCAAGUGAGUUGAGCGCGCUCUGUGCGGUCCAUUAGGCUGUGCUUAUGCACAGGAUGCUCUCCCACAGAGACGGAUGAAAGCGGCAGAUCUCCUUAAAUGUUUUCCAACACCCUCCACCGCGUCCACAGUCGCGCCGUUACUCUGAGAGGCGAUCAGCCGCCCGACCGAUGCAAUUUUGUCUGACUGGACCUCCUUCGUGUCCGUCUGCCCUGACAGAGCCAGCAGUCCUGCAGCGAGCGGGCCAAAACCGCCCCGCAAGCUUUGAGGCUGUGGCUAAACCCCACAUGUGUUCUCGUGGCCUUUCUUAUGGAAUAAAAACCUUUCACGG